AUGCUUUACGCUUCCGUAUCUGAUGGAUGUAUGGCCACGACCCGAAUGUCGCGGUAUGUGCCUUCGGUAUCACUCAAUUGGUGGCGUUCUAAUGUUACUGCGAUAAACCAAACACUAUCUGCAAAUCACGGGGAAGCCGACGGCCUUACUAACACUACCCAAACACAAAACGGAAGUAAUAGAGUUAGUGGUAAACGCGAUGAUAAUAACCAGCCGAAAAAUGUGCCACUUCUGCCAAUACGUGUAGAGCAGGACCCACAACGACCCGAGUUUUACCGAGUGGUUUCCUCGUCCGAGAUCCCGAUGCCGAAGCCUCUCUUUGUUGUGCCGUACUCACCAUCACCUGCGCUCACUUCGCCAUCGACAGAAGAUCCCCGCGUGUUAUGGAAUAAAAUUCGUGAUUCGCAUAAGCCCCCAGACCCCCAAAUCGAUCUUCCCGGGGCUACUCCUUGGUGGACUUCAAUCAGAGUCAAUUCUGUUGCCGACCCGCAUAUAGCCGAGCCAUCUAGUAUCCAUGAAACUAAAAUGGCCCCCGUUCCCGUGUUUGCUGACUUACCUAAUAGUGGCUCUGAACUGAAUCUAACAGUCGCGAACAUGCAAGAUAGCAGGAACGUCUCUAGCGAGCACGCAAAUCUGCCAGGGAUAACAACGGUGGUCAUGGAUAUAACAAAGGUCGUAGAUUAUGAGAAAGAGAUCAAGUUCACAAAUUCAACUAGUCUUGAAAACGUCGAAAGAGAGGUAUCCCAGGAGGACCGUCAAGAGGAACCUCCAAAUAGGGACUCAGAGAACUUGGAGGCCAUCACGACUAAAAGUACUUUAACCAAUCUACAUGAGACCACCUCAUUAGACGCAAUUUUAAAAGAUAAUCCCACUACGAUUGUGGCUCCUGCUACGUCAACGCCAAAUCUAGCAACGAAUUCUAUGAAAUCGUCUAGAUCCAAACGACCUCAAGCUACACGAAAUACGGUUCGGUCUGAAACGCUAUCAUCAAUCAUCCAAACGAUGCCACUCAACAGUGUAAUCGUAGUGGUAGGUGGUGAACAGCAGAACGAAAACCUCAUUCUAGGGACCCCAGUCGACAUUCAAGUCCAAAAAAAUACCACACGUCCUACAUUAACCACGUUCGAAGAGGGGAAUGUAGCCACGGAAACUCCUACAAAUAUCCCAGGUGAAAGCAAAAAACCGACAGAUAGCCCUACUCAAGCUCUGUCUAGCGAGGUUGCGGUCGUGUCAAACACCGAACAGUUGAUCUCUCAGCAGCCAUCUUCAGACACGGCUUCGAAAGGUGGAGCAGACAACUCGGAAAUCACUACGCCAUUGUCGGACUUUCAUGCGACAAAUUUAAGGGCUCAGGAUACUUACAGUGAUCCCGCAUAUAGUAAUGAAAGCAGCGUGACUUCCAAUAUUUCGUUGAAUCAGGCCCAAAAUUCCACUUACGGCGAUAUGGAGUCGUCGACACUUUCUGGGGCCUCGAGCGCCGUAACUGUGGCUGUUAGUUCUACAAAUGAGGCGUUAAAUACUACAACGUUACCAAAAGAAUCUUCUGUUUCGGACGUGGAUUCGAUAGAACGGACGUCGACGAGGACCAUAGACAAGCGUGUCGUUCCAACAGAAACGCUUGGCAUCGAAGUAACCUAUGCUUCGAAUAUAGCAUUGCCCAUGCUUGAUAUAAUGAUCACGAAUCCUACCACUGAGGAAACAAGUACUGAGAGAAUAAGCGCAGAUAUUUCGUUCUCAAUAGUGUCCGAAUCCUCUACAGGUAUAGCAACGACUGAAGCAAGUAUCAGCCCAGUGCAUCUCAACAAGAGUUCGAUUAUUAACGCGUUCCAGGGACUGGUGAUAUCCGCGAGUACUGACAGUGCGUUGGGUGCCACUGUAGUCUCCGAACCCAGUUCUAUUAACCCCACUGAAAAAAUUCGAUUGGUGAAUGAAGAACAGGUUCUAGUGGAACGGAUACCCCACUCGGUGCCACAAGGUGAAGAUCGUCAUUCGGCACUACAGGGUGAUAGCAUUAUAAGUUCAGUUCUGGAAAUUAUUAACGCAUCGAGUCACACAGAAAAACCCAAGGGAAUCUUCAGCUUUUCACCAACAUUAGCUGCCAUUCUAAAUCACGCUAGAGUGCGAAAACAGAGCAACGAUGUGCCUGACUAUGACGAGGUCGCUGCGGCGGAUCUGGAAGGGGCCGCUUGGUUAGCCGAGGGUGUCCUGCUUCCGAAUGGCAGCUCGGUGAUCGUAUCUAAGAAUGGCGUCGAAGGUAUUCCUGCACUGUUACCACUGCCGCCGCCUCCUGACGGAAUCGCUGUCAGCUUGAGAAACAUCCAUAUGCGACGUAAACGGCUCCGAGAUGGAAAACGAGUUAUUAUGGCUACACUUCAUCAACAAAACUCGGAUAACGACAACGGCGUCGGCGAUAAGGCCAAACCCAACGUCCAAGAUACGUCUAGUAGAGAAAACAAGAGUACAUUUCUGAACGAACGAUGUUCACGAUCAAGCGCCAGAGUGAUUCUGAGGCAGGAGUGCACCCAAGCAAUGACUAGCCUUGCGCAGAAUCGGGGCAAGCUGAAAUAG